AUGACAUCACGUUUCUCCCCGGGCUCUUGGAACCUUACUAGCGACGACAUCAAGAGACGCAUUGAGUCAUGCUGUCACGACAUGCAGCGCGACCUGAUUGCGCGCGACCAGCUUCACAUGCACUACGCGGAGGCCAGAGAGGACGCUCUCGAACUACUGUACGAAAUCGGCUGCCUUCCAGAAGAGGUGACCCCAAACCUUAUGUCGCUUUUCAUUGACAUGGAGGCCUACUCAAGCUAUUAUCCUGGUCAGAUCUUCCCUUUGCUUGACUUGGCCGGAGAGGAAAUGAGAAAAGGGUUGAGGGCUGCCAAAUCUGAUAGGAGGGAAACUGACCGCGAGGAGGAAAAGGUGGUUGAUGUGUUGAAGCGGAAGCUGGAGGCAGAUUCGAGCCUCUGGGCAUUUUCUUUCUUUUGCAUCAGUCAGUCCUUGAGGAAGGUUGAUCGCGUCAUGCUAUUUCUCCAAACACUUUGGCAGAACUGUGCUACGCAGACACUCGACAAGUGCACCACUUUUACAACACCAAAAAACUUCAAACUUGAUGACAACUGUAAAUUUACCGGCGUUUCUCCGUGGACGAAAGCCUGA